GGAAGCUUUGCCUCUCUUGCCUGGACCACCAAGUUGCUUUUUGCUGUAACAGCCCAAGGCUGAGUCAAUAUAUUUAUAUGCCAACUUUUUUUCAUGCGCAGACUCACACAUCCAGUUUCCCUCCUGAAUGAGGGAUACAGAUCCUAAGUCUCUAAACAAUGUGAUCUAAUACACAACAUCAUGUUUCCUGUUUUUUUUAAAAAGCAUAAAUAAAUCAGGGACAUUGAAAAUUAAUGAGGGGGAGUUUAGAAACACUAGCUUCAAAUUGGGGUGCUUGAGAGGUCUUCCUACCUAUGCAAAACAAAUCUUAGUAGACCCAAUAAGAUUCAAGAUGUGAACACAAGCCAACCAAUCCAUACGUUACAUUCCUAAAUCAUUUUGUUUAUAGGCAUCCCUUUAGAGGGCUCUUCCAUUAUACUGCAUGCAAGCUACUUACUGCUUGUUGAAAUAGCACCAUAAAGCUCUAGUUCAGAUGUCCCAGGGGUGUGCUAUGGUAUCUAUGCCCUCUUAAUGAGAAUAAAUGGGACUGAAAUGGGACAGGGAUGUUUUAAGAACCAGAAACUAUUGAUAUGUGGGGUUGUUUUUUACUAACAUUCCUGCCUGCCCCAUAGAGGGGGGAGAGAAAAGAAGAAUGUUUAGCUAGAGAUGCUGUGGCUCCAUUAGAAACAGAUGAGCUUUGAAGUAUGCUUGUCUGGGCAUCUUGCCUGCCUCUGGCUCAGAUGUGCGCACAGGGACCCUCUUUUCUCUCUAUAGUGUCACCUUGAGAAGAAGCCUGAGCUUGCCCUCUGGAAAGCUUUAUUGGCACCAGUGGUGUUGGAUGGGCUGUCAGAUCCCAGAUUACUAACAAAGCAAGGAUCCGUUUUAGGGCACAACCAUCUUCAUUUGGGUCCUACUGCACCGAGGUUUGAUAAAAAGGUGUUGUCCGACCACUCCAGUGAAGUAGGGAUUUGGGUCACACUUACAUGCUCCCCUCAGCCUGGAGAUACUUCUAAGAACUCAAUGUGCACCCAUGCUGCAGAGCACUGGUGAUACCAUGAUCUGUUGAGCACUUUAGGGUAGGGAACCUUAUAGUUGGUUCAUAGGCACCCUUAUGGCAUAUUAUGGGGCUGAUUACCAAGUAAGUAUGGCUUUCAGUCUUAGAUGCUGAUUCUUGUAGCAUCCCCCAGAUCCAGACAUGUGUUGGUUAGUAAGGUAGCAGAGAAUAGUCUCUGAUUGCUUCUGUGUUUUGUUCCUUUGUUUAUUAUUAAGGGGGAUUAGAUAACCAACCCAUAAUAAAGUUUCUCGUAGGAUGGAUAGACUUAGAUUGUUCUGAAUAGAUAGACCUAAAUAGUAUUGUUCAUUUCCUUCAUCCCACAUUCAUGCUGCAAUAUUGUUUAUGGCAUGCCCUGCUGCUGCAACCCUUGCAUAUCUGCAUUUCCCCUUGCCUAGCAGGAUACUGGCUCAGGCCUGUUCCAUGGGCUGAGAUGGAGAGGAAUCGGCUCCCCCAAUUUUCUCUUAGAUUAUUUUAAGUUCAGACAGGGCCAAUGUGAUCCUUCAGCCUUAGACUCAUAAGGCAUCUGGCAUGUGCCCGGUUACAUAGGACGCUGUAGUAUACUGAGUCAGACCAUUUGCCCAUCUAUCUCGGUAUUGUCUACAUUGACCGGCAGCAUCUCUCCCAGAGUUUCUGGCAGGGAACAUUCCCAGCCCUACCACAGAUGCUGGGGAUUGAACCCGGGACCUUCUGCAUGCAAAGCAGAUGCUCUGCUGCUAAGCUAUGGCCCUUCCAGUUCUGCUUCAGCUUCCCUUCCACGGCAGUCAACUCUGCUCCUUCUGCGCUUCGCCUGCUUGAGACUUCUCCCCAUUGGAUUGCUUGUUGGGUGUGGCUGACCUGUUCUCUGUCUUCCCUCUUUUUCCGCGUGAGGAUGCCCUCGGACAGGAGAUCUCUUCUGAUAACCCGUCUGCAGUGCCAUCACCCAGGCACCAAAUAGGUGACUGUGUGCUGGAUGGAAGAGACACCAGGGAAUAACAAGAAGUCCCUCUCUCCCCAGGCUGAGCACGCAGGCAUCCGGACUUACUUCUUCAGUGCAGAGAACAACGAGGAGCAGGAAUCCUGGAUUCAAGCCAUGGGCGAAGCUGCCCGGGUGCAAAUCCCACCUGCUCAGAGGCACGAGAAGACUGAUUCUGAGAACAUCCCUCCCAGCAGGAACCACCAGCACCACCACCACCGCAGUGUCCCUACCAGAGAGGCUGCCAAAGCUGAGCCAGAAGCCAAGACCAGAGGCGAAGGAGACGGGCGUGGCUCUGAGAAGAUUGACAGGAAAACAGAGCGAGCCGAGAGCAAGAAGGAGCCUCUGGUGAAAGCCAACGGCAUUGGCAGCCAAGAAAUGCCCUCUGAACCCGGAAGCCCUUAUCCUGACGCUUCCCGCCUGCCUGCUGGAGUGGAGAGGCCCACUCAGCCAAAUGGCUGGCAGUACUCAUCUCCUAGCCGGCCAGGCAGCAUGGCCUUCCCACAGCACGAUGGCGAGAGUGCUAUGCCUCGUCGGAGUUUUGCUCCGCGCACCAAUCCUGAGAAGAUUGCCCAGAGGAAGAGCUCCAUGACACAGCUUCAGCAGUGGGUGAACUUGCGCCGUGGGGCUCCACCUCCUGAGGAUCUCCAUAGCCCCACCAGGUUCUACCCGAUGUCCCGAAGAGUCCCUGACUACUAUCCCCCCUACUCACCUCAGUACUCUGAAGAUUACCAAUACUACCCUCCUGGGGUGCGUCCCGACAGCAUCUGCUCUAUGCCUACCUUUGAGCGCGUGAGCCCUCAGUGGACUGUCGACGACAAGCGCCACUCCUUCCGCAACAGCGGCUCCUACCAGCUGCGGGACUGGAAAGAGCAGCCAGGCUACGGCAGGCAGGACGUUCCCAUCUGGAUGUCAGGCCCGACCCGGCCACCCAUGUACUAUGACGAAAUGGAUGCCGCCUCAGGCUCCUUGCGCAGGAUGUCCCUCCAGCCUCGCUCCCGGUCGGUCCCCCGCUCACCGAGCCAAGGCUCCUACACCCGAGCCAGAGUGUACUCCCCUGUCAGGUCGCCGAGUGCCCGCUUUGAAAGAGUGCCUCCCCGGAGUGAGGAGAUUUAUGCGGAGCCGACGACAUACAUGAUGAGGCGAUCGGUCAGUUCACCAAAGUAUGAUUAUCUGGGUGACAGGAGGCCUGUCCCUGCAGGAAUGUUCCCCUUCAACUAUCCAGCAUCCCCUACGGUCCACGACAAAAUGGAUGAACUUUUAGACCUUCAGUUGCAAAGAAACCUAGAGUAUUUGGAUCAGCAGAUGAGCGAGAGCGAGACUUUGAUCAGUAUGGUGAACAGAAUGGUGGAGAGCUCUUCCCCUAGGGCUCAACUGUACAUGCAAGUGUCUCAUUUCCCUGAAGCCUAUAGAGAGUCGCUGCACACCUACAAGAUAAGCGAGCAAGAUACAGAUAAGCUCCUGGGAAAGCUCUGUGAGCAAAACAAGGUGAUGAGGGAACAGGAGAGGCUGGUGCAGCAACUUCGUGCAGAGAAGGAAAGUCUGGAGAGUGCAUUGAUGGGGACACACCAGGAGCUAGAGAUGUUUGGGAGCCAACCAGCCUACCCCGAAAAACUGCUGCACAAGAAGGAAUCCCUCCAGAACCAGUUGAUCAAUAUUCGGGUGGAGCUGUCCCAAGCCAGCACGGCUUUGGCCAACAGCACCAUAGAAUAUGAGAACCUGGAGGGUGAGGUGUCAGCCUUGCAUGAUGACCUGUGGGAACAACUGAACUUGGACAUUCAGAAUGAAAUGCUCAACCGGCAAAUCCAGAAGGAGAUCUGGCGGAUCCAGGAUGUGAUGGAGGGGCUGAGGAAGAACAACCCAUCUCGGGGCACAGACACAGCAAAGCAUAGGGUAUCCCUUGGCCCAUCAGGAACCUACAGCUCCAACAGCCCAGCCAGCCCUUUGAGCUCAGCCAGCCUCACCAGUCCCCUGAGCCCUUUCUCUCUUGUGUCGGGAUCCCAGAGCUCCCCUACUAAGCAAGGCAGCAACGAGGAGCCCGGUCCACCUCGACCUCCCCUCCCCAAAUCAUAUGUGCCCUUGGAAUCUCCUCCGACUGUCCCUCCGCUCCCUACCGAAAGCCGCCUCUGGCCGUAUCCUAACUCCCCUUCCUGGCAGCAAAGCAGCGAGGCGAAGAGGGGACAGUCCAAGUCCAGCUUUGAGCAGAACAAGAAGGACCAUCACCGGACGUCAGCCUCCAAUUCUGCUGUGGAGGCUGGUCUCUUGCAGACAAGGCAAGACCCGGAUGCUGAUAAGCAAGUUGCUCUCAAUAAAGUUGGCAUUGUUCCCCCAAGGACCAAAUCACCCAUGGAUGACGACGCCAUCCCCAUGUCAGGUGUGGUGCGGAGGGGUGCCAGCAACUUAGCCAAUGGGCUGAAUGCCCGGGACAGGCCAAAGAGUGCAGUAUUUUCGAAUGAAAUGAAGGCAAAGAUGAGCGUAGAGGAGCAGAUUGAUCGCAUGAAGCGCCACCAAAGUGGUUCUAUGAAGGAGAAGAGGCGGAGCUUGCAGCUUCCAGCCAAUCAGCAACAGGCAGACAGCCUUCUCUCUAAAGCACCUGCCUCUUACAAAGUGGUGCGCAGACAUCGCAGCAUCCAUGAGGUGGACAUAUCAGAUCUGGAAGCAGCGUUGCGCUCUGAGGACUCUGGAAGGAUGUAUGAGACUCCUCGGGAGGAGAUUGCACGUCUGCGCAAAAUGGAGCUGGAGCCAGAGCAUUAUAAUGUGGACAUCAGCAAGGAGCUUUCCACCCCAGACAAAGUCCUCAUCCCAGAAAGGUACAUUGAGCUGGAACCUGAUACUCCACUGAGCCCAGAGGAGAUGAAGGAGAAGCAAAAGAAAGUGGAGAGGAUAAAGACGCUGAUUGCCAAAUCCAGCAUGCAGAAUGUGGUCCCCCUCAACGAGGGAGAAGUGGACGUGACCCAGGACCCAGAAACCCAGUUGCAGGAACAGGAGAAGCGAAUAGAGAUCUCCUGCGCCUUGGCUGCAGAAGCCUCCCGACGGGGCCGCAUGCUCUCAGCUCAGUGUGCCACCCCGAGCCCUCCUACCUCCCCAGCCUCCCCGACUCCACCGACCAAGUCCCUCUCGUCUGAUUCAUCCCAGGGCGGCGACAGCCAUUUUAUGCGUGUCUGAGCCAUAAACACAGGCCCUGGCUGCUGUGAAUGCUGUGAAGUUCCACGGAGCCACGUUUUAACCCACGGCGUCUGCACCCCAACCGCUGAACAACGCGCGUGGUCAUUGUUAGGGUUCUCUCGGCACACCCAUCUCCUUCAGUCAAGCUGCGGAAACUUUUCGGGAAAGAAUAGCUGCCAUCAAGGGAGAGCAGGGAUGGCAUUUGCCUUUGUCCCAUUUCCUCCUACCCCACUGCUGCUGCUGCUGCUGCUGCUGCUGCUGAUAUGGCCUGUACCAACUGCCCACAGUUCAGCAGGCUAUAGUGCAGGAGCCGUUUCCAUUCUUGCCAGACAGGUCCUCUGUGUCAGGUGCAGCAGACUCCCAAGGCUAAGGACCGGCAGCAAAAGAACAGCUGUGUCUCGGCAAAGAGGCAGCACUGAGCCAGAAAAGGGAUGCUGGCAACAAGACUGGGAGGUGAUGUAGCUCAUCUCCUGGAGCUCUCUAGCCUGCAAGUGCCGGCAGGAGGGAAGGAAGGUUGUGUGAAGAAUGACUUUGUAUCUGCAGCCAGGGAAUUCAUAACCCUCUACUGAAGUGAGCACUAGAUGUUUCUUCUCCUCCUCCUUCUCCCCCCUUACACACACACACACACACACACACACAGCCCUUUGGUCUCUCCUCUGCCAAUCAGAAUGGCUUUUAGCAUCUUUCGCCUGUGGAGCUAAGCAACCCGUGCACGGCCACACUUCCCUGCUUAUGCUCACAGCCUUUCACAGGAAAAGGAAAGACAGCAAGGAAGCACAAAUGGAUGGACAGAACUUUGUGGAUGUGGCAGAAGACAGAAGGUUGACCGUGUGGGGACCCAAAGUGGCUUUGGAAUCUUGCUAGGGUUGUGAGGAUGUUGCUGUGGCUGGGAUGGGCCGGCGUUUUCUUCUUUCCCAAGCUUAGGGGUUGGGUGGAUGGAAUGGAAGGUGUGGGCAAUGUAUGUGGACGUGUUUUAGGGGUGCGGGCGGAAGAUAUAAUGGGGGAGGGAAGAGGUUAGAAAAGCUUAGUUGGCUGUGAUUCGCCACUAGGUGAAGCUUUAAUGCUUUCUGCAACCCAGAGAGGUUGUCUUUUAUCUGUAGGGAAAGAAAAAACAAAACUGGGACUGGAUGGGUGACAUUUCUUCUCACAUCGCAGCCAACUCGGGAGAGUGCCACUGAGCAUUUUCCUCCUGGCUUCUCCAGGGCUUCAAGUAAUAGGAUCAAAACUGUGUGCUGGAUAGAUCACUGUGUUCACCAAGCACUUGUCGCUUGCACCAUCAGGUACUGCUGAUGAAAACUGGAUAGGGGACUAGAUGGAAUAUAGAUCUGAACUAGACUGGAUGGGCCAUGAAUCAGCCUCCAAGGAAUGUGUGAAGCAAAACUCUCCUGGCUACUGGAGGAGGGGAGGAGGGGGGACUGAAGCAAGACCCCUGGUGUUCACCAUGUAUCCUCUUGCUUUAUUCCCCACCACAACAGCUUGUAGGCAGUGCUUUUUUUCUAAAAAAAAUGUUUAGGAGUACUCUCAUUUUCCUACUCAUAUUGAAAUUCUGCCCCUCAAUGAGGCCAAACUUAGAUUCACAAACUGUUUAGGGGUAUCUGUCUCCCUGCAUCCCCCCAGAAGAAAAGCACUGCUUGUAGGUGAUUUGGAAGUAGAGUUCUCAAACACAGACGCCUGCAGCCUUCAUCAAUCUCCUCUCUGAAGGGUGCAGUAAUCAUUGCCGUGACCUUUCAGAGCAAUUGAGCUCGUAUAUUAAGAGCAUAGGACUAGUGAUGCACCUGCUCCAAGCUCAGACCACCUCAAAUGAGCCCUCAUUAGUUUCUCAGUAGUUUGAGAGCAGAACCAGCUCAGAAUAGAGAUUGGCCAGAGGUGCAGGCAAAGAGAGAGGACUUGGCAGACCUCAAGAAAUACCAACCAAACCUCUCUUGAAACGUAUUCAAACAGUGCUGAUUCAUACCUAGCCAGGAAACUUACCAGAAUGAGGGUCUAAAUUGGACCUUCUUUCGCCCUGCAGUUGUCUUCUGAAAGGGGACUCAUACCUGGUAAGGCUUAUCUGAAUAUCGUUUAGGGCCGUGGUAGUCAACUUCCGUGCUCUCGGAGGAUGCUUUCUUCUCUAGUGAUCCAUGGGCUGGACAUAUAUUUCACCACACAACCUAGACCUUUUUAACAGUAGUCAAGCUCUGCAUUAAAGCUGGCACCAACUUGCAAUAAGGGCUUUGCAGUUCUGCAGCAUAGCACUCAGGCGUGGAUAGGGCAUUGCACAGCAAACCCAGAGAGAUGUAACAUUAAAGCAUGGGCUGCCUUACACCACACCUUUUGGAAAGAAUUUUACUUCUACUUGGACCCUGUGGGCCAAAGUUUUUACACUCAAAAUAUUGUUGGGCCAUCAUGAGGCACAUGAAAUUGCUUCAUACCAAAAAUAAGGUCAAGCUGAACAAAGUCUUCCCAAACUGGUUCCUUCAUUCUGUCUCAAAUCUUUCUGAAAGAAACUCAGAUUGUUCUAACUCUAGCUUAGAACACAAAAAUGCAGCUGGCUUUUCUUUUUUUAAUUCCCUUGAGCUGGAUUUUCAGAUGGGGUCUUGGUUAUUUUGUUUUUGUUUUUAAAAAGCUGGAUUCCCAUUCAUUCAAUGUUUUGUUUGAUUGUUUCCUUGAAGGGUUGACACUUUAGAUUGAGAUUCAACUUCUAGGUGGCAAUUUGGUUGAUUUGAAAUGCUUAUACAUUCACCAAAAAAGUUGGCAACAACAUUCUGGACCUGGCUUUAUCAUAAGCAUGUCCAUAAAUGUAUUUAUGAGUUUUAGUCAAACGUGCAUCAAAACUGGGGGAUCUUUUUUCCAUAUUUAUUGGAGCAAUACUGCUGUGGCUUCUAAAAUCUGCCAUUCUAAAACCAUAUAAUCAAGGCUGAUGGAGACUGAACAUGAGUUAGUUUUCUAAGACAAUGCUCAAGCUACAAGGUGGGCUGAUCUCCCACCCCUUAGGUCAUGGCACUCUUAGAUAUUGUUUCUAGAAGGUUUGGGGGCAGGAAGGAUGAUUUGACCAAAGAGAGAGAGAGAGAGAGAGAGAGAGAGAGAGAGAAAAGUAGAAGCAGAAUCUCUGAAUUUUACCAAGCCCUACCUGUGUUAUCCACCAUAAUUUGAAUACUGUCUCAAAUAAUCUUAUUUAAGUGAUGCUCUUUGCAGUGUUGUAGUUCUAUGAAAAGGUUGGCUUGACAGAAAAGAAUGGUUUUGAACUUUCCUCCCAGUACAAUGCUCUAGAUACUAAGAAGCUUUCCUUACCUUGGGUCAAUUAGGAGUAAGUUCAGUAUCCAAUGUAUGUGGUUAAAUCAGCAGAUGACAGGUCAGUGUACAGAACUAAACUAAAUGUGAAAGUGACAGACCCAUCUCUUAUAAUGUGGGUCUGCCUUAAUCUCCUUUAAAACCUGGCUGAGUGAGAAGUCCCAGUUUUAAAAGUCUUGCACAGGUGAGAGGAGCUGAGAGCUCUUCCCAGACCUUCGCCAUAGCCCUUUUCCCUCUACUGGGCUGACUUAUUUCUAGUGAGACGAAAAGUGAUGCUGGGAGGCAGACUGCAGGGAAGAUAAACUGAAGUGGAGCAGAGUAUUCGGUUUUCCACUCCACAUGCACUGUUUAGUGCGCUAAAUUGGAAUCUGUGUAUACACGAUUGGGCAGUCCUAAAUUUCAAGAAACAGGCCUACCACCAUCAAGUCCAGUUUGUUCCUGUGGCAGGGAUUGGGGGGGGGCUCUAGGUGCUGUUAGACUCCCAACUCCUUUUGACCCCAGACAGCAUGGCCAAUGGUUAGGGAAGCUGGAAGUUGUAGUCCAAAAACACUAAAGGACCACAGAUCCAGGAGAUAGGAGCCCUGUUCAUGAAAUGAAAAGGGACAGUUACAGAAACUGUCUCCCCACCCCAGUGGGGGAUUGCUUCUGAGUAUACAUAGAUAGAAUUGCACUGUGAAUUUUAUUAGUGUCCAUUUCCCACGUUCAUUUUAACAAGCUUCCACCUCGUAAUCUCCCACCUUGGGGUUAGCUUCCUCCUUGACGCUUCUGAGAAUCCACCUCAACUGAUAUUGACCAGAAUGAUAAGUUUUUGGCAAGUAACAAGAUCUUUGUCAUAUAACGCAAUGGAAAACUCUUGGCAGGCUAUCCCUAAAUCAGAAAUGUUUUCCACCUCCCUGUCCAAUGAAAUGAUGAAGUCUGUUUUGUUAUUUAAAUGAUCCUUUUGGCAAUAUGUAGAACACUCCAGGGAAUCAGAGUUUUUGUUCCUUUCUUUCUCCUUCAACAUUCCAGGAUGAUGAUGUUAAAAAUUAUUGGUUCUGCUCCUGCAGUAGCACCCAUGUUAGCUCAUUAAAAACUGUCCCUUCAUUAUCCUCUACAUGCCUUAAUAUAUGUUUUAUGGAAAUUAUACAGUGAUGUGUGCUAAAUAUCUAUAUCUUUGUUUUUUUCCUCUUCUCACUAAACUGUUUUGUUUCAAGCUUAUGUUCUCUCUCAGUGCACGUGGCCACUGAAGCCAGCCCUGCCACUGAAAUGGAGUCACUUUGGGCAGUUUUAUCAGAAUAAUUAAGAAAAUAAAAAAAUAAAAGAAGACAUAUUUAAAUAAAUAUAUAUAUUUUCUGCUUUUAUUGAAAGCAAAUUUAUUUAAAAAUAAAUGUAAGCUGUCAAUUUAGAGGAAUGAUGCAUUUAUUUCCUUGUUUGUGGGGUACAGCAGUUGCUUUUGUAUGUCAGGGACGAGUCCUCAGCUGAUGCUGUUUGGCAAUGGCUCAUUUGUUGACUUAAGCCCAUUGAGGCUCUGGCCCAGGAGGUACAUUAUAGGAAGGUGAGUAGGACUGUAGCAUAUCAGGGACCGCAAAGAUUGUCUUGCUGGUACGCAGCUAUCCCAUGGGGAUUCUUGCAAUAUAGGUGGUUUUCCCCCUACUUUGUGUCAAUGCUACUUCUUCUUUUAUACUUUUUGUUCACGUGAAUGUGUUUUUGUGUGGCAAAGCUGUCUCUCUCCAUCAUGAUCACUCUCCCAGCUACUACCCUUCCCUACUACCAUUCCCCUUAAUAUUGUUGGGGAGAGACACAUCCUUCAGAUGUGACCUUCUUUUUCCCUUGUUGUGAAGGAAUCCUUGACAUUUUCUAAAUGGUGGCAGCUCAUUAGAUAAGCAAGAGUCGAAGAGAGGCCUAAAUUAGCCUCUUGAAAGCUUGUCGGCUUGGGAUUGACCUUCCCUUGACAUCAAAGUAGGCCUCCUUAUUCCACCUCUUGAGGUAGUGGUUCUACCUGUGUAUCUGUUUGAGAGAUGUGGAGGUCACCUCGAAAGGGUACAGGUGUCAGUGAAACCAUUCAACCAGUGUUAACAUAAGAAAGGAAUGAAGCAAGGACUGUGCCACUUUUUGCAGCCUCUUGCCUAUUUUUCUGUCAAGGAAGUUUUGGAUCCUAGGUCCAAUUACCCUUCCCCCUUCUUUUCUUGCAAUUGAGAAAGGCUUUAAAAAUGGCACGAAGGAUGUCAAGGAAUGUUCUCCAUCACCCCUCACUAGCCCUCUGCUCAGUUAAUAGCUAGGUGGAGUCUGUGACCAAUUAUUGCUCAUGUCACUUUAAGUGUUUUGAGGUUACAAGCUGUGAGCUCUCAACAGAAUGCGUUUCGCAUCACAGUUUUACAGUAUUGUGGAACAUGUUUUUAAAUGGUUUUAUUUUAAGUGUUUUCCCUUCACUUCUAAUAACACUUUCAUAUGCCAGCAGCACCUGUAACCAAGAGGAACUACAUUAUUUAUGCACAUUAUUUGAAGCAA